UCGGUACUGCAGUGAGAAUACCCCUCAAUUUGUAGAAGAAGAAAGCAGUAGUCAGACAGAUGAGACUGCAAAUUUGGGGGGAAGUGUCCCAUGUAGCAGGUGUCCCAGUAAGGCUCUUCCAGGAAAAAUCAAACCGGAGGUGGUUCUGGAUUUACAAGGGAAUCAUGCAUCCUACAAGUUAUGCUUUACUGAGGCUGGCUCUUUCCGUUGUUGUUAUACUGAUCUCAUAUUUGAGGUGAGGGGAGCUGUGACCAUCACAUACCAAUUUGACUCAUGGCCUAAACACCUGAACAGGUGGGAUGCAUGGAAGCUGAUGGUUGCCGGCCCUUUGCUCAACAUCCAAGCAGAUCCGGUCGAGUCUGUGUCAGCUAUUCAGUUCCCUCACUUCCUGUGCCUUGCAGGUAAAAAGGGUUCCCGAGUCCGCAUAGCACAUUUUGUCGGUAGGAUGAUGAGUCUGCAGAAGCCAGCCAGAGUCGGACCACUUCAUGCUGUGUUGGAAAACCCCAAGUUAUAUCCUUGUGGAGCAGUUUUCAAAAAGUUAUGGUAUAAGCAAAAGAUAAAGGUGCACGCUGUGGCCCUGCUCUAUGAAAAGCUGGAAGUCCCUGCUCCAAAAUUCCACCUGUACCUCCUCCCCAAUGACUCUUCCUUUAGAAAGGCUGUCCAUGAGUAUGAAGUGAAGUGCCAUUCACGAAAAAUGCAAAAAAAUCCUGUGCCCAUGAAACCUCUUAAGAUUGGCUCUCGCUUCUUUGUGCGGAAGUUAGAUGAUGUCACAGUCUAUCCGAAGGAACUGAAGUUAAACUACCUGAAUGCAGACAUGAAACAGCAGUGCAUUGAACUGUGUGCUCAGCACAUACAGGAUGAACUGGAGCUCAACCUGAUAAAUAAGAAGGAUGAACUUGUGUGGAAGGCCUGUGUGAGACACGAUGAGUUGACUUCUGUUCUGCUCCCAGCACAAGAAGACUUGAAGCCUUCUGUUUUGCACUCAGCACAAGAUGCUCAUCCAUCCAGCUCCUCUGACUGCCAUUUCAUUGAACAGCACCGGGAACAGCUGAUCCAGCGGACCACCAACGUUGCAGCAGUCCUGGAUAUGCUGUACGGCCAAAUCCUGGAUGAAGAACAGUACCAAAAAAUCUCUUCGAGGGAAACUAACCAAGAAAAAAUGAGGGAACUCUACACGCUGGUGCCUGGCUGGAACCACUAUUGCAAGGAUCAGCUCUACAAGGCAUUGAAGGCCAAAAACAGGUUCCUUAUUGCUGACCUUGAAUGGAGCUGAGGCUGCAGAAAUGGAGAGAUCGAUCCCAGGAGAUCCAGCUGCAUGCACUGAAUGAUCUCAUGCCUUCCCUUUGGGCUCCUGUGUUUUUAACGUGGAGUACUGAA